AUGGCCUUUCAAGCGCGAUGGCGAGAACUGAAGAAAGCAGGAUGGACUACGAAGCGGCCCACUGGUCUGUCAGUCGAUUUCACCUACCUGAAACCUGGAAAUACGAAGAAAGACGUCCGCGGCGUGGACUUCUUCGUAGGAGAGAUCGAGUUAAUGGCCUACCUUGAUGAAGUCGAUCUCGCUGAGCUUGCAGCGGCGAAAUCGGCGGAAGCGAAGCAAUCUGCAGCACGCCCCGCCAAGACGAAGAAGCAGGCAGCCAAAGCGACAAGUAAGCCGAAAGCGAUCUCUACGAUAACAGUGUGCAGCAGCACGGUGAGUGACGAGGCCUCCUCGGCAGCGCCUAAAGCUGCAGCGUCCAGAACGGAAGAUUUGUCUUUGAGUGAUGUGGAAAGCUUACCCACUAGUGCACCACCGUCGAGCCCCCACCGAACAUCUCGUAAAGCUACACCUGAGAUCAUUCUGGGUGUGUCCUCGCACGAUACGACGUAUGCAGAAGAAGACGACGCAGAUGAUAUUGAGUGCGAGAACACCCAUGAAGAUUUGCCAUCACGCAGGCGCAAUCUUGCACUACUGUUUAACGAUGUGAACAAUGAAUCGAGCGCUUCCGGCAGCGCGUCCAUUGAAUCGAGAUCAGAAGGGAACGCUCCAGCAGUCGGAGGCCUAGAUGGAACUGUCGAGGCCACGCAAGGUUAG